CUUGGAAUCACACCACUCUUUCAGGCAAGGCUUCGAGACGUUGUGUGGCACUGCGGCUCAUUGAUUGAUAUCUUAUCACUGAUUAAGAAGAGAAGCUGGUGUACAUCUCACUUUAGCGAAGGCAGUCGAUAGCUCAAACAGUUUGUUUUCUAGUGCUCACUGAGAGGUGAAGCAAACUCAGGAUCGUUGAAGGAACAGUUAUGGCGACUGCUAGCGUUACCCCGAGCCGUGAAGCUGGCCGGUCAGCGGCCUCUACACCUCUCUCCCCUACGCGGAUAUCUCGCUUACAAGAGAAACAAGAUUUGCAGCAUCUGAACGAUAGGCUGGCCGUGUAUAUCGACCGUGUCCGGGCACUGGAAUUGGAGAACGACCGGCUGAUGGUGAAAGUGUCUGAGAAAGAGGAGGUGACUACUAGGGAGGUAACAGGCCUGAAGUCUCUUUAUGAGGCAGAGUUAGCUGAUGCUCGACGGGUUUUGGAUGAAACUGCUAAAGAGAGAGCCAGGCUCCAGAUAGACCUUGGCAAGGCUCAUGCUGACCUGGAAGAAGCCACACGCAAUACCAAGAAGAAAGAUAGUGAUCUUGCUGCAGCGCUGUCCAGGGCCAGUGGUUUGGAAGGCCAGCUGAAUAAGAGUGAAGCAGCUCUUUCAACAGCUGUAAGCCAGAAUACUGCUUUGACUUGUGAGCUAGCUGAUGUCAAGAGUCUGCUGGCUAAGGCAGAGGACAGCCAUGCUGUUGCUAAGCGCCAACUGGAGGCUGAGACACUGAUGCGUGUAGACUUGGAGAACCGCUGUCAAUCACUGAGUGAGGAGCUGGAGUUCAGGAAGAGCAUGUUUGAAGAGGAGGUGCGCGAGUCACGACGUCGACAGGAGCAAAGAAUAGUGGAGGUGGACUCUGGAGUAAGACAGGACUAUGAGUUCAAACUGACACAAGCUUUGCAGGACCUAAGGAGACAACAUGAUGAGCAAGUUUCUCUUUAUAAGGAAGAACUGGAGCAAACUUUUCAGGCCAAGUUGGAUAAUGCAAAAGUGUCCUCAGAGAUUAAUGACAAGGUAAUGAGCACCGCUAAAGAGGAGCUACAGGAGUCCCGCACAAGAAUAGAGAGUCUUGGAUAUCAACUCAGUGCCCUGCAGAAACAGGUGGCUGCCUCAGAAGAUCGCAUCAGAGAGCUGGAAGAAAUUCUGUCUGCAGAGCGAGACAAGCAUCGCCGUGCCAUGGAAGCAAAAGAGCAGGAGAUGGCUGAAUUGAGGGAAAUGAUGAACUCUCAACUCAGUGAAUACCAGGAAUUGCUGGAUGUGAAGCUUGCUCUAGAUAUGGAGAUCAAUGCAUAUAGGAAAUUGUUGGAAGGAGAAGAACAUAGACUGAAGCUGUCCCCCACCCCAUCUUCUCGAGUCACUGUUUCCAGGCUAACGGGAUCUUCUUCCUCCCGCUCCUCCAAGAGGAUGAGAGUGGAGGUGGAGGCUAAGGAUUUGACAGAGAUGGAAAGAGAGGGGCAGCUGCUGGUGUCAGAAGAGGCCACAGCUAGUGGAGCAGUUGCCAUAUCACCAACUGAUAUGGAUGGAAAUGCAGUCACACUCACCAAUGAUACUGAGCAGGACCAGCCUUUGGGCAACUGGAGAUUGAAGAGAGAAAUUGAUGAUGGGGAGGAGAUCAUCUACAAGUUCUCCCCAAAAUUUAUCCUCAAGGCUGGACAGUCAGUCACGGUGUGGUCCGCUGACGCUGGUGUGGCCCACAGUCCACCAUCUGACUUGUUGUGGAAAAGCCAGGCUUCCUGGGGCACAGGAAGUGACAUUGUUACCACUUUGAUCAACGCUGAUGGAGAGGAGGUGGCAAGGAGAAGUGUGACCAAGACCCAGGUGGAGGUAGAAAAUGGAGAGGAAGAGGAGGAAGUGGCACAAACGUUGAUUGACAGGUCUGCUUGAAAGAUGCGCGGAAAUGCGAGAAAGUCAGAAUAAACACCUUUCAAGUGAGUGGUACGUAUCGAGCGAACCUACUUUCAUGGACGAUAUAAUUCUCAGGUAAGUUUUAAGGUGGUUUCCAAAUGAAUCAUUGUUUUAAACUACUGGCAACAUGGGUGCACAUUUCAAAGAGAGAAUAUUUUGUCGCCAGUGGUUAAAGCUGCAGUCAAUUCCAGCCAUUUUCAGUACAAAAAAAAUCGCUAAUAUUCUAUUUGUAAAUAAAAAUAUGACGAGAAAUACAGGGAAUAUUGGACGCGCAUCGCGAGGUGCAUUUCCUCGAAAACGACCUAUUCGUGGAUCAUAUACCGUCUUCAAGACAUGUUUUGGACAAAAUAGUUUACUGGCUUGUUUCGUCUGGAUGACCAAGGUUGGAUUAUGGCCGGUUUUUGUGGAAUAUUUUCAUCUGUGUGUAAUAAUGAACCCGGAAAUGUGAGUCGCGCUGUGUACGUUGAAGCCGUGUACAGAGAACGGAUGGAUGGAUGUUCGUUUUUUGUCGGACAAAUGUGUUUAUAUUACCCGCUGUCGUAAUCACAUCUGAAAGUGGUUUAUACCGGCGGAUUCAUGAGAGUCUAAGCUUUCCAUCGGCGUAUAGUGUUUGUAUAAUCGCGUUUGCAGUUUCAGACAUUUAGCAAAUUGCUUAUGCGGAUCUCAAAGUGUACCGCGGACGGGACACUGAAGCGCAACGGGUUAAACUGAGUGUCGGGCCGAGUCUGACUAACGUUUUGAAAGGCUAACGUUAUUCUAACGUAAGUCUGAAGCUAGCUAGAUUGGGAUAAUGUUGGAAAACCUCUAGGCUGGUAGUUGAUUUUAAAGUAAGUAAAAACACAAGAAUGGGGACAGGUAGUUUAAGAUUCGACCUAAAACAAUACCGUAUUUUCACGACCAAAAGGCGCACUGUACCAAAAGGCGCAGUCUCAGUUAUGUGUGCCAUUACUGUAUUUAACACACACAUAAGGCGCACCUGAUUAUAUGGCGAGGGUUUUAUAUACAAUACACGCCCACACUUCCCCCUUUAACGUUCUCAUGGUGUCCUCUACUACGUCCGCCUUACAACAACACACACACACACAAGCAUACAAGUGUGUGUAUUUAAAAAUAGAGCGGGAGCAAAACUGAGUUUGGUAUUCACAUUUUUUUUACCGGUAAUCGUCAUCAAUCAAACCCAUGGAAGUCCUCAUCCUCUGUUUCUGAAUUGAACAGCUGCGCUAAACCUCCAUCAAACAUGCCAGGUUCACUUUCUUCACUGUCAGAGUCACUUUCCGUGCCGUGCGGCGCCUCGGAAAUGAUGCCGGCUUUUGCGAAAGCUCGAACAGCAGUGCCAGCAGACACGUUAGCCCAAGCAUCUACAAUCCAUUCAGAAAUUGUGGUGUAACUUGCCCGGCGCUGCCUUCCACUCUUAGUGAAACUGUGGUCUCCAUUGGUCAUCCAUCGCUCCCACGCCGCUCGCAGCCUUACUUUGAACGGCCGGUUCACACCGAUGUCCAGCGGUUGGAGUUCCUUUGUCAGGCCUCCCGGAAUGACAGCAAGCUCAGAGUUCAUUUGCUUCACUUGUUUUUUCACAUCGGCUGUGAGAUGGGCACGCAUAGAGUCACAGAUCAACAGCGAUGGUGAUGCGUGGAAAAAACCACCUGGUCUACGUCCGCCUUACAACAACACACACAGGACGCACUGCACCAUAGGGCGCGCCGCACAAUUUGAAGAAAAUCUAAGACUUUUAUGUGCGCCUUAUAGUCGUGAAAAUACGGUAUUGAAGUUUUAUACAUGAUGAAAUAUGAACAAGGAUGUACUGUCAACUUCAUAUUUGAAGUAUUUUAUUUAAAUAAAUGUUCAAAAGUAACUGAAACACCAUGUUUGCCUCAUGAUAAAUACAUGUUACAUUAAUCCAGUUUGCUUGUGUGACCAGUAAUAACUACAAACUGCUCCUAAUCAAGUCAUGAUAAUUUUAUAAUAGUGGGCAAGUAGAAAUGACUGAAUAAAUUGAAUAGAGUAGUCUUCUAUGUCACUGUUUCUAAAACAGGGUGUUUUUCUGGACUAAUUAAAAAAAAAAAGGUGAAAAUUAAGAGUAUACCCACUUCUCCAGGGACCACUACACCACUGUGCAAUGCGUACCCGCAACAAAAGUAUAGGAACAUUUUUUGAAUUCAGAAAAGCCUUUAAUGUCAGGUGAAUUCACACACACAAGGAAUUUGACAUGGUGUAUAGCAGGGGACCCUAAACUACGGUCCGUGGGCCGGAUACGGCCCGCCUCUACAUUUGGCCCGACCCCCUGAACAACACCAGAGAGACAUUAUGAUUUUUUUUUUCAGUCUGGCCACACGAUCGAGACUAAUACAUGCACAGAACAUGACAUUCUACUGGAGCCUACAAAAGGCGGCAGGCCUUUUAUUAAAAAUAAUAACCAAAAACAAUAAUAUAUUUAUUUGGCCUCCUCAUGCUUUUUGCAUCUGUAAUAGUACAUAACAUAAAUUUUGUCAUUCAUUCGAGGCUGUAUGGACACUCACAAACUUGGAUACAUGCCUCUACAGAUGUCCAUUUGCAGAUCAAAAUUUGUGACAGUGAGGACUGUUUGCUCGUUAUGAGGAGACUGUCCAAGGUGAUUCUGUCGUCCAUACUUUUUUUUAUUUAGCAUUGGAAGAGCUGUAAUUGAAGUAGUCCCUCCUGAACUUUGAUUUGUGCACACUUUCCAUCAACAAUGUCCAGACACAGUGAUAAGCUUUGAAUUCUUUAGAAGUCUUGUUCUUUGUCUGCCCACUGUGUGUGGCACACCUCAGAGAUGUUUACAUUGACACAGUCCAUGGUCCAAUCUGUAACCAACUGCCAUAACCUGUAAAAACUACAAAAUCACAGUCUUUUAGAAACUUCUAUUGGAACCAAGUGUGUUUGCCUAAUGUGUUUAUCUGUGUUUGAUAUUAGGAGCAAUCUGACCAUCUGUGUAGCAGACCUUCAGGAACUUAUUGUAUUAUAAAUGGAACUAUAUUCAGUUUCAAAGUCAGCAUCGUACUGUGGACACAGAAGGCAUGAACUGGCCUCUCAGCAGCACUCACUAUCGAGCUGUAGCACUGCUUGUGAUCCAUACACGUAUAAUCUGGGCUCCUUCCAAAUCCUUUUGAGUCCAUCAAAAAAUCUGUUUUUGUUCUGUUUUCAGAAUGAAUUGGCUUAAGAGAUAAAAUGCCUCAUAAAAUGUUUAAUUUUGACUGCAAACUUUUAUGUUUUUC